CGAAAUGGCGAAGCGUAAGAAUCGCGCGCCUUCCAAUGGCCAGCCCAAGAAGAAGAGGGCCAUUUCCGACGACGAGGCGCAUAAGAAUUUCCGCAGCGGCUUGUUCGAUGGCAAGGUGCUCGAGAGCUAUACGAAGUACUACGCAGAGUCGCAACCCUAUAAGCAUGCCGUCAUCCAAAACCUCAUCGACGACAAGCUCCUCCGCAAUGUCCGCAACGAGAUUCGCGAGCACAUCCACUUCACACCCAAAGAGACGGAUAUCUACAAAAUCCACCAGUCGGGCGAUCUGGCCAAUCUCGAUGGCCUUGAUGAUUCGGCGCUCAAGCGAUUGCCGAGCUUGCUCACGUUGCGCGAUUCGCUGUACUCGUCCGCGUUUCGCAAAUAUCUAUCUGGCAUAACAGGGUCUGGCCCAUUGAGUGGUGUGAAGACGGAUAUGGCUGUGAAUGUAUACACACCUGGAUGUCAUUUGCUAUGCCACGAUGACGUCAUUGGCAGUCGGCGUGUGAGUUGGAUUCUGUAUCUACUCGAUCCUGAUAUUGAGUGGAAGGCGGAAUGGGGAGGCGCAUUGCGACUGUACCCCACGGAGCAGCUGACGACACCGGAGGGUGACGAAGUCAAAGUUCCCCAGCCAGACUUCUCGCUAUCGAUACCACCAGCCUGGAACCAAUUAUCGUUCUUCACAGUACAACCUGGAGAGAGCUUCCAUGACGUUGAGGAAGUAUAUCGAAGGGGCCUAGAAGAGAAAGUAGAGAAUGAUGGAGGGCGUAUCCGUAUGGCAAUCAGUGGUUGGUUUCACAUACCACAAGAAGGCGAAGAGGGCUUUGAGGAAGGUCUCGAGGAGAAGCUCGCAGAGAAGAGUUCGCUCGCACAAUUGCAAGGAGGAAAGGCAGACGUAUUCGAUGAGCCACAGUCGCAAUGGGUUGACAUCCCCGACUGGGAAGAACAGGCAAAGCAGGAGGAUGACGAGCUUACCGAGAACGAGAUCGACUUCUUGAUCAAGUACAUGAACCCAAAUUACCUCACUCCAGACACUGUCGAGGAGGUCUCAAAGACUUUCUCCGACGAUUCAUCGAUACGACUGGCCGACUUCUUGUCUGUCAAGUUCUCUACCAAGCUCUGCGAGUACCUCGAAUCGAAGGAUCACGAGAAGAAUCCCGCCCUACCGGCCAACCCACACCACAAAGAAUCAAAAGUUGGGGUUGCACGACCACCUCACAAGCAUCGCUAUCUGUACCGCAAGGCCAUACAGCCUAUACCGACAACACCAUACCCCGAGAGUGAUGGGAUGACACCUUACGAUGAUCUCGUCGAUGUUCUCUUCCCUCAUCCCGCGUUCACCAAGUGGAUCUCUCUCGCAACUGGUAUAACGCUCACCAAGAGCAACAUUUUUGCGCGCCGCUUCCGACGUGGUCUAGACUACACACUCGCAACUGCAUACGAGGAAGAAGACCCACAGCUAGAAGUGUGUCUCGGCAUUACACCAUCGAAAGGCUGGGGCGAUGAAGACGAGGAGCCAGAGGAGGAGAAGCCACAGAAAAACGGCAACAGUAGCAAGAGUAAAGGAAAAGGCAAGGCUAACGGGAAAGCACCUGCCCAACCAGAACCCAAGCCCGAGGAAGAAGUCGGUGGCUACGAAAUGUACAUGGCUGGCGAAGACGAUGAGGAUCAUCCGACCAUUCCUACAUCGCACAACGCUACAGAAACUGGUGCCGGACAGCGUCGCAAGGCCAAAGCUGAUCCUGCAAUCUACAAGUCUGCAGCUGACGACGAGGACGAUGGCAUCUUGUUCAGUCAGCCUGCUGCUUGGAACAAUCUGGCGAUCAACUUGAGAGACAAGGGUGUCCUGAGGUUCACGAAGUAUGUCAGUAAGAGUGCGAAGGGUGAUCGAUGGGAUGUGUGUGCGGAGUACGGUGUUGAGUUCGGUGACGAUGAAAGUGAUGAGGAAGAUGAGGAGUAG